AUGGGCAUACCGUCGCAUCCAGCGUCCAACGCCAUCAUCUAUCUGACCCUAGGCGCCUUCCUGGUCUUGGGAUGCUUCGUCGCAUGGCGGUUGCGACACCAGUCUAAGACUGAGUGGCUGUCUAGCAACCGUACACAGAAGGGCGUUCCGCUCGCUCUUAACUUCAUCGCCUCGUCACUCGGUUCUGGUAUCCUGUUUACCUAUCCUCAGAUUGCGACCAUCGCCGGUGUACAAGGUCUCCUAGUCUAUGCACUGUCAUCGGCCCUCCCGCUUCUGAUCUUCGGUGCCCUGGGGCCUAUUAUCCGACGCAAAUGUCCCGAAGGCUUCGUCCUGACCGAAUGGACGCGCCAGCGUUACGGUGCUGUUGCAGGUCUUUUCCUGAGCAUCUGCACACUCAUCACUAUGUUUUUGUACAUGGUUGCCGAGUUGUCCGCCCUCCAGCAGAUCGUCAACCUCCUCACCGGUCUGAACGGCCUCCCGGUCGUGAUUGUUGAGUGCGCAGUAACAACAAUCUACACCUCGCUGGGCGGUUUCAAGGUUUCGUUCGUAACCGACAACAUCCAAGGAGCCAUGGUCGUUGGACUGAUCAUUCUGGGCGUUAUCGCAGUUGGUGUCGAAACAGAUAUCCAACGCCCGCUCAUUGAGAAAUCUGGCUACCUGAACUCUUCGCUCCUAGGCUGGCAGCUGCUGUACAUUCUUCCCGUCGCCAUCUUGACAAACGACUUUUUCCUAAGUGGUUUCUGGAUGCGCACUUUCGCGUCGCGUACAGACAAGGAUCUCUGGAUUGGUGUCUCACUCGCAUCAGUUGGUGUCCUCAUCAUAUUGACCCUUGUUGGUGUCGCAGGUCUGCUUGCUGCAUGGAGUGGCGCGUGGGACAUGACCGACGCAGAUACCGGAUCUCUCUCCCUCUUUCUUCUGCUCUCGCAGCUGCCCAACUGGGUCGUUGGUGUUGUCCUUGUCAUGACCAUCUCGCUCUCUGCCGCUGCGUUCGACUCGUUUCAGAGUGCUAUGAUUUCCACUGGCUCUAACGACUUCUUCCGCAACAAGCUGAACAUCUGGUUCAUCCGCGCAUGCGUCGUGGCUAUCAUCUUCCCGGUCGUUGUUGUCGCACUUCGAUCUCCAAACAUUCUCCAGAUUUUUCUGAUCAGCGAUCUGGUCAGUGCAGCGGUUGUGCCUUGCCUGGUCAUUGGGUUGAGCGACAAGUUCUACUGGUACCGUGGUUUUGACUUUGUUGUCGGCGGUCUGGGUGGUAUCCUCACCAUCUUCCUAUUCGGACUCGUCUACUACAAUGGUGAUGUCACCUUGGCUGGCCGUCUCCUUCUUCUUGAAGGUGGACUUUACGCCAACGACUGGAGUGCAUUUGGUGCUUUCGUCGCCGCACCCUUUGGCGGUCUUCUCUGGGCCUUUGGUGCCUGCGCCGUUCGCAUCUCCGCACUCUGGAUCUGGGCCAAGGUCAAGGGCCACCGUUUCGAUGCGCUGGACCGCCCUGUUCCCCGCGAGACGACACCCCCUGGCGCAAUCGACGCCGACGAGCACGCCACCGUCCUCGAGCACAACGUCGAGGCUGGCAAGAGCGGCAGGUUCUUCUAG